UCUCUUUCCGGCCCCUGUGUGUGUCCGUUUCCUCUCUCAGACGCCGUCGGUUUGACUGGGACUGAAACUGAGAGAGUGUAGAACCGAUACCAACAUGCCUACGCCGGGAUCCUAGACCGAGCCCUCCAGAUCGACAGUGCCAGAGGAAUCGGGGGCGGAAAGGAAGGGGAGCCGGAGUAGUCGAUGGAUAAAGGGCAUGGUUUGGUUAUACCGUGCCAACGCUCUACCUGAUGGCGCUUUAACUACAGACGCUAAGCUUCUCCACUCUCCCGUUUCAUCUUCUCUUUCUGGUUACAUGUAGAUUGUACGGUUGCGUUUCGAAUUCGCGAUUGUAUUUCAGGGAAAUACAGUGAAAUAAUGGUGGUUUCUGAGCAAGAGGAAAACAAAUUAAGAAUCGCCACUUAGAAAUCCCACUAACCUGCCUCUCUUCUAUUUCAUGACCGAGGGAAGCUGGAUAAGCAACACAUCACACUGCUUUUUUUUUUUUUAUUUCAUCUUCAUCCUGCACGGUGGAAACUUUGUAACUUCGCAUUGUGGAUUAUAGUAACAUUGAUUUUAAUGUUUUAAGAAGGAACAAAAACACAGCAACAUUUUAUGUUUUUUUUACGCAUUUACGCAAAUGGUUUAAUUCAGUUUUUGUACAAUAUUUUUUACAUUAAGUAUGAUUUAUAUCGUAAUUUUGUUAUGUAUUGUAUAGUCGAAUUAUUUAUCCAUUUCUAUUUCAAUAUUAUAAGAACCCCCUUCUAAUAUAUUUGUAAUUUUUAGCAUACUAUACAUUAAAAUGCGAUGUAUUAUUUUUAUUAUUAUUAUUGAUCCGUUUUUAUUUGUAUUGUAUUAGUCUUUCAUUUUAAAAUUGCAUUUCAAUAUUAUAAGGACGCCUUCCAAUACAGUUUUUAAUAUAUAUAUACAUGCCAUGUUUCUUUAAACCGCGUAGUAUUGUUAUUUGUUAUUAUUAUUCAUAUUUUUUUUAUCAGUACAGUAUUAGUGAUUCGUGACCUGUGAGGUCUACUUUGUCAUGCUCUGAAGAUGUCCCUUGCCAGAGUAGGCACCAAUUCGAAUGGGUGUUUGGAGGACACCGCUAACGGCACAGUACCGAGCAGCACGCUCCGGAUGCUGGACUGGGGCGAGUCCGGCGCGCGGGUGCUGCGGAGCUUGGAUAUGGGCACAGUCAUGACUCUGUUCUACCAGAAAAAGUCCCAGAGACCCGAGAGAAGAACUUUCCAGGUUAAACAAGAAACCAGACAGAUCAUAUGGAGCCGCAACCGCGACAAAAUAGAAGGAGAAAUCGAUAUACGGGAGAUCAAAGAGAUUCGGCUGGGGAAGUCCUCUCGUGAUUUUGAUCGGUACCCGGAGGAGGUGAGGAAGCUGGACUUCUCUCAGUGUUUCAUCAUCCUGUACGGCAUGGAGUUCCGGCUCAAGACUCUCAGCGUGGCCGCCUUUAGUGAGGAGGAGGUGACCCUGUGGAUAACUGGCUUGACCUGGCUGGUGAUGGACUCUCAGAAGGCUUCUGCACCUUAUCAGAUCGACAGGUGGCUCCGGAAACAGUUUGACUCCAUGGACAGGAACCGAGAAGGCAGCAUCACAGUGAAGGAUUUGAAAGCCAUGCUGCCCCAGGCAAACUACCGAGUUCCCAACAUGAGAUUCCUCAGAGACAAACUGCUGGAGGUAGAAGCUCGCUCUGAACUGUCUUUCACACACUUCACUCAGCUCUACAAGAACCUCAUGUUCGAUGCCCAGAAAUCAAUCAUUGACCAGCUCGAGCUGUCCUUCCCUCUCAGGAAUGUGGACAGGCCGGAGCUCUGUCAGAUAACCCUGUAUGACUUCCAGAAGUUCCUCCAGUUAGAUCAGAAGGAAGGCUGGGCGAGUGAUCUGAGCAGGGUGAGAGAGUUCAUGAACAGCUACCAGAAGGAGUCUCAGAGACACACCGAACCCACCCUGCAGCUGGACGAGUUCCUGACGUUCCUGCUGUCGAAGGAGAACAUGAUCGUGGAGCGAGGCGGCGGGCAGGUCCGCCUUGAGGAGAUGAAGCACCCGCUGUCACAGUACUGGAUCAGCUCCUCUCAUAACACGUACCUGACUGGUGACCAGUUCUCCAGCGAGUCAUCACUGGAAGCCUAUGCUCGCUGUCUCCGAAUGGGCUGCCGCUGCAUCGAGUUGGAUUGCUGGGACGGGCCAGACGACCUGCCCAUCAUCUACCACGGACACACUCUGACGUCCAAAAUCAAGUUCCUGGAUGUACUGUACACCAUCAAAGAGCAGGCCUUCGUCACCUCUGAGUUUCCUGUCAUCCUGUCCAUUGAGGACCACUGCAGCGUGGUCCAGCAGAGGAACAUGGCCUCGCUCUUCAAGAAGGUCUUUGGAGACAUGCUGCUCACCAAGCCAGUGGACAUCAACGCAGACGAGCUCCCCUCCCCAUACCAGCUCCGCAGGAAGAUAAUCAUCAAGCACAAGAAGCUGGUGGAAGGGAACAUGUAUGAGGAGGUGUCUUCAGCCAGCUACUCCGAAAACGACAUCAGCAACUCCAUCAAGAACGGAAUCCUGUACCUGGAGGACCCCAUCGAUCAUAACUGGAGCCCUCACUACUUUGUGCUGACCAGCAAUAAGAUCUAUUACUCUGAGGAGACGUCACGCUACCAGAGCACGGACGAGGAGGAGGAAGAGGAGCACAAGGAGGAGUCCAAUAACAACGAGCUGCACUUCAAUGAGAAGUGGUUUCAUGGGAAGCUGGGCGGAGGGCGCGACGGGAGGCAGAUUGCAGAGAAGCUUCUCCACGAGUACUGCGGGGAGAGUGGGGGCAAGGAUGGCACAUUCCUGGUGAGGGAGAGUGAGACCUUCGUGGGGGACUUUACCCUGUCCUUCUGGAGGUCUAGCCGUGUCCAGCACUGCCGGAUACACUCGCGACAGGAGGCCGGUGUCACAAAGUUCUACCUGACAGAUAACCUGGUGUUCGACAGCCUCUACAGCCUCAUCUGCCACUACCGCGAGGUGCCCUUGCGCUGCAACGAGUUUGAGAUGAGACUGAGCGACCCUGUGCCCCAGCCCAAUGCACACGAGAGCAAGGAGUGGUUCCAUGCGAACCUGUCCCGCUUGCAGGCUGAGCACAUGCUGAUGAGGGUCCCGCGUGAUGGAGCGUUCCUGGUGCGCAAGCGGAGCGAGCCCAACUCCUUCGCCAUCUCCUUCAGGGCAGAGGGGAAGAUAAAGCACUGUCGGAUCCAGCAGGAAGGUCGUCUCUUCAUGCUGGGCAGCUCAGCCGAGUUUGAGAGCCUGCUGGACCUGAUCAGCUACUACGAGAAGCACCCGCUGUACCGCAAGAUGAGACUGCGCUACCCCAUCAAUGAGGAGACUCUGGAGAAGAUGGGCACCACGGAGCUGGACUAUGGAGCUCUGUACGAGGUGCGGACUCCUCACUUCUAUGUGGAAGCGAACAAGAUGCCUACAGCCAGGUGCACUGUGAAGGCUCUGUAUGACUAUCGAGCCCAGAGGGAGGACGAACUCUCCUUCCCAAAGCAAGCCAUCAUUCUCAACGUGGACAAGCAGGAGGGGGGCUGGUGGCGUGGUGACUACGGGGGUAAGAAGCAGCUGUGGUUCCCAGCCAAUUACGUGGAGGAGAUUCCCACCUCCCCUGCACAGGGGCAGGACGAGGCAUCCGUCGAGAACAGCCCCCUGGGAAACUUCCUCAAGGGCUUUAUUGAUGUGCCGACCUGCCACGUAGUGGUUCACAAGGAUGGGAAGAGCUCCCGGCCCUUCGUCUUCACACUGCACUCCCAGUCUCAUCCUGUCCAGAUGCUGGACGUGGCUGCUGACAGUCUGGAGGACCUCAACGACUGGGUCGCCAAGAUAAGAGAGGCAACACAGAAUGCUGAUGCCAGGAUGCAGGAAGGGAAGCAGAUGGAGCGCAGGAAGAAGAUUGCCCUGGAGCUCUCAGAGCUGGUGGUGUACUGCCGGCCCGUGCCCUUCGACGAGGACAAGAUCGGCACAGACAAGGCUUAUUACCGUGACAUGUCCUCGUUUCCCGAGACCAAGGCUGAAAAGUAUGCGAACCGCAGCAAGGGCAAGAAGUUCCUGCAGUACAACCGGAGGCAGCUCUCUCGUGUCUACCCCAAGGGCCAGCGCCUCGACUCCUCCAACUACGACCCCCUGCCCAUGUGGCUAUGCGGGAGCCAGCUGGUCGCCCUCAACUUCCAGACCCCAGACAAGCCGAUGCAGCUGAACCAGGCCCUGUUCACACUGGGGGGGCGCAGCGGCUAUGUGCUGCAGCCUGACAUUCUGAGAGAGGACAGCUUCGACCCCUUCGACAAGAGCAGUCUCAAACCGGUGGAGCCCAUCACUGUGCAGCUGCAGAUCCUGGGGGCACGGCACCUCCCCAAGAACGGCCGCAGCAUCGUGUGCCCCUUCGUGGAGGUAGAGGUGUGCGGAGCCGAGUACGACAGCAGCAAGUGCAAGACUGACGUCGUGGCGGAUAAUGGUUUGAAUCCAGUCUGGUUGCAGAAGCCGUUUGUGUUGGACAUCAACAACCCUGACUUCUGCUUCCUGCGCUUCGUAGUGUAUGAGGAGGAUAUGUUCAGCGACCCCAACUUCCUGGCGCAGGCUGUGUUUCCUGUCAAGGAGCUCAAGACUGGGUACCGCUCAGUCCCUCUGAAGAACAGCUACAGUGAAGAUCUGGAAAUGGCCUCCUUGCUGGUACACAUCGAGAUUGUCAAUGCCAAGGAGGAGGAUGAGGAGAACCUGUACUCCUCGAUCCAGCAGCUCCGGGAUCGCACCAGUGAGCUGUCCAGCCAGGUAUCCUCCUUUGAAAGGAGCAACGCCUGUGACCAGCGAUACCAGCAGCGUGUGGACGAGCUCCGAGCGGCACAGGAGCAGCUCACUGAGCUCACAGAGGCUCGCACCCGGAGGCUGAUGGAGAAGAAGAGGCGGGAGAAACUACGCCAGCAGAUGGCGACAAAACGCAGCUAAGCAAACCAGCAGGGGGAGCUGGCGAGACAGAGGAAACAGCCAGGUCCGUUUCCAUGGACACGCUGGAGUUGCGGUCUUCUGGGCAAUCCUUGCACAUGCAUCUCCUGUAUGAAGCAAAAAACAAACAAAGAAAGAGACAGACUUCGGUGUUGAAGGAAUUUCAAAUCAUGCAGCUUUCUGUGCCUUUACAUUUCUUUCCUCUCUUAAUAAUAAGUAAAAUAGGUCAGGUCAAUAUAGUGUGUACUCAUAUUCCUCUUAUAAACGUUUGUCAUAGUAAAAGCAUAGCAAAGUGCAAGAAAGCACAGCGAAAGCAUAGGUAAGCAUUGCAAAGCAAAGAGAGGUAUGGUAAAGCAUAUUAAAAGACAUGGCCAACCAUGGGAAAUAGUAUAACAGUUGGAAAAGCACUGGAAAACUACAAAAUUACAGUGAACAUUUACUGUGGUAAACUUUUAUAAGGAUAGCUUAAGCACAUAUCUACAGUAAGGGGUGCAUUGUCACAGCCUGGCAAUAUACAGGGUGAUUCAUAAUUGGUGCUACAUUGUCGUUUUGCAUUGUUUUCAAUUCUACUUAUAUGUCGACAUUGUUGAACCGCCCUCUUGUGGCCGAAUGGUGCAUUUCAUCCCCCACAUACCCUCCAGUUUUUCAGAUGCUCCAAUAAUGUGUGAAUUAUGAAUCACCCUGUGCUAAGAAACACCAGUCACUAAAAUAGUGUGGACCAGUUUCUGGGCUGGAGUUUUGCCAGUGAGGCUUUUCCUAAAAUCUAAUUUAAGCAAUGUUUAAAAAUUCCACAGUCGCUGCUACUGCUGCAAUACAGUUCAGAGCUGUCAAAUUAUAGCAUUGCUAUCCUUUCAGUUUCCAAAUAACAAAAACAAACAAAAAACUAAAAUAAGAAAAACAGUUAGCUUUCUCAGUAUAUUGUUAUUUGGUACUUCUUUAAAGACCUGUGUAUGUUAUUAAAGCGCUUUGUGAUGGUGGUCCACUAUGAAAGGCACUAUAUAAAAUAAAGAUUGAUUGAUUGAUUGAUUGAUUAUUCCCUAUUUUAAAACACUGAUUUAUAGUAAAAACAUAGCAACGUGUAAUACAGCAUAGUGCAAGCAUGGGAAAGCUUAUAGAGGUGUGGUAAAGCAUAUUCAAAGAAAUGGCCAACUAUGGUAAAUGCACAGUACAAACAAGGGAAAAGCAUGGAGGAAAACUGCAAAAUGACAUGCAAAUCUACUGUGCUAAACCUUUAGAAGGGUAGCUCAGCACAUGUAACUAAAAGUGCUCGUCUUCUCUCAAUUAGCAGUGGUGAGUCUCCUGACACAAGGCCAGGAAGAACCUCAGGGUACUCGUUUCUCAGAGACCCCCCCCCCCUGUUACUUACAGUGCUCUAUGCAAAACCGCAGAAGCGUUUUGUUACAUUAAUGGCCUUUAGAGGGUGUUCCCAGUAUCCUAGAAUGUAUGAGAGGCAGGUGGGGAUGCUGCACAUCUCACAGAAUGGUGUGGUUAAGGAACACAGUCUUUAUCUCCCAAAAGGAGACGAGAGCACCCAAAUCGGUAGACGAGAAGAGACCUCAUCCUAGCCUUCAGCUCUAGACCUCCCGGCAGGUUCAAGUCCACUGCACCAGAACGUCACUACGAAAUCUAAUCCCUGCAUGCUCUCCUCAAAAUGACCGUUAUCAUUCAUUUCUCAAUGGACUUCAAUGCUAGUUUUGAGGGAUCUCUCUUCCCUUACUUUUUUGUGUACUUUUUAAGGGUUGUUCACUUCUUAAUUCCACCCCUCAGCUGUGUGGGUUCAGGGUGUGUUUGAGGGGGUUAUUACGUGGUUUGAAUCUCUUACUUGUGGUUUAAGUGCCAACCCCAACCAGAUAGCAGACCUGUACAACUAAUCACCAAAGAGGAGAUUUUUUGAGUACCAACAUUAGGAAUGCCCAGCCCUGGUCUGGUGUUUGGCUUUGUAUCCCUAAUGCAGAGGGGAUGAAGGGAUUCCUUAUUUCAAAUCAUGUCAGUAUUAAUAAAGACUAAAGCUAAUCCACG